AUGUCUCUACCUACCUCAAUUAGAGAAGAUCUCCUUUGGUGGAAGAAUGUUUUCACGGAUUACGCACAACGUAAUAAGAUUAGAUCGGGUCUCUUUAUUCGAGAAAUUUUUUCAGAUGCAUCGCUGACGGGAUGGGGAGCAGUUUGUGGGAAAUCGCGAACUCAUGGAUUCUGGUCGCCGGAAGAAAAACAGAAACAUAUUAAUUUCCUCGAGCUCUUGGCAGUUUUUCAUGCCUUAAGAUGCUUUGCCUCAGAUUUAAGAAACGGUAACAUUCUCUUAAGGGUAGACAAGUCAACGGCUUUAUCGUAUAUCAAUCGCAUGGGUUCGAUUAAGUUUUCGACUUUGUCAAAUCUAGCUAGACAAAUAUGGAUGUGGUGUGCAGAUCGCGACCUAUUUGUUUACGCUUCUUACAUCCCCUCCGCUCAGAAUAUUGAAGCGGACGCGGAAUCUCGCGUAAUUUCAGAAGAGUCGGAAUGGGCUUUGAAUCAAGACUAUUUCUCAGAGAUCGAAGCAUAUUUCGGGCCUUUCGAUAUAGAUCUGUUUGCCACAUCAAUCAAUGCCAAGUGUCCUUGUUUUGUCUCGUGGCUUCCUGAUCCUUUAGCUUUCGCAGGAGAUUCAUCCAGCAUGGAACAGGAUUUCCCUGGUGGCCGCCAAAUUAUCCGCCAAGCAUUCUUAGCUAGAGGAACUCCAGCUUCAGCGUUAGACGCAACACUUGCAUCACUUUCAGAAGCAACAAUCAAUCAAUAUACCAGGCCACUCAGAUUAUGGUGGAACUUUUGCAAGAUAAAGGAAAUUAAUUGUUUCUCACCACCUUUUUCUCUUGUGCUGGAAUUUUUAUCUUCUUCAUCUCUAGGCAGGAUCUCAUACUCCUCUUUAAAUACGUAUAGAGCAGCCAUCUCUUUGAUAUCUUCUAAUGAGAUUGGCUCUCACCCUUUGAUAAAGAGAUUUUUUAAGGGAGUGUCAACGUUAAAACCUCAGACCCCACGUUACGAUUUUAUUUGGGACCCAUCUCCGGUCAUCGCCCACUUAGCUUCGAUGUAUCCUCAUGAAGAGCUUUCGCUAGAAUUAGUAUCCAGAAAAUUAGCGACCCUUCUAGCGCUUACAACAGCGCAAAGACUACAAACUUUGGCGGCAAUACGUUUUUCUAAUAUUGUUUUUGCGGAUUCUUUAGUUAUUAAGAUUCCUGCUAGGCUUAAAACUUCCAAGAUUGGAAGACCACAGCCUCUUCUGGUAUUCAAGCCAUUUUUAGACAAGCCGGAGCUCUGUAUCUACUCGUUAACAGGUUCUUAUAUUGAGCGUACUAAGGAACUACGUCCCGAAGAUGCCAACUCUUUAUUCAUUGCUGUUCGUUCUCCAUAUAAUUCGGUAUCCGCGCAGACAUUGGGCCGUUGGAUUAAAAUGGAGCUAAGAGCAGCGGGAGUUAACACCGCAAUAUUUUCGGCCCAUUCUACACGGCAUGCUUCAACUUCUUUUGCCGCCGGCAAAGGCGUUAGUGUAGAUGAAAUCCGUCGAACGGCGGGUUGGAGCAAGUCUUCGGAAGUAUUCGCUCAGUUCUACAAUCGUCCGAUUAUUGCAGAUCAGACAUUUCAGUCAGCAAUUCUCAGUUCUCAUUGA